AUCCUUUCUGAUCCCUCAAGAAUAUCCUUUUGUAAUUUCGAGGUUUUUGUUUGUUUCUCUGUCUCUCUGUUUCAGAAUGUCGCUAUAAAAACAUCAUGAAACAUUAAUUUCUCCAAACAACAAUAAUUGCAAUAAAUCAGUGCAAGACAUUUGUAAUAAAGGAUGAAAUUCGGAAAAGAAUUUAGGAUGUAUUUAGAAGAAACUCUACCCGAAUGGAGGGACAAGUAUUUGUGCUACAAUCUCCUCAAGAAGCUCCUCAAGAUCAUACCGGCCGGCGAUGAUCCGGCACCUAUCGUGUCGUUGCAGACGCUUCAAGAUUGGUUCGUCAGGAUUCUCAUUGACGAACUCAAAAAGUUCAACGAUUUCUACGUCGAUACAGAGGAAGAUAUCAUCAUUCGCUUCCAGGCGCUAAAGGAAAGAAUUGAUUUAGUGAAGGAGAGGGACGGCGAAGAUGGAGUGUUUACCUCCGAGACUGAAUUUAGUGAAGAGAUGAUGGAAAUCCGCAAGGAGUUCGUUGCCAUUCAUGGGGAAAUGGUUCUACUAAAAACCUAUUGCUCUCUUAAUUUGGCAGGUCUGAUUAAGAUUCUGAAGAAAUAUGAUAAAAGAACUGGGAGAUUGUUAUGCCUGCCUUUUAUACAGCUUGCCCUUCGUCAGCCAUUCUAUGCAUUCGAACCUCUCACGAGAUUAGUUAUUGAGUGUGAGGCAAAUAUUGAACUCCUCUUCCCACUUGAAGCAGAGGUGAUUGAAUCUGCUGCUGUUCAACAGGACAAGACAGGCGCAGAUCCUGCUAACGAUAUUUCGAAUAUUUCACAGGAGACAGCCCCCUCCCUUGAGGAGGAAGCUGUGGGUAUAAGUCGAAGUAUCAAUGCUGCAUUGAGAGCUAUAGAGGGCCUCAGAAAGCCGAGCUCUACAAACAAUCACUUAUCGUUUUCGUCUCUCUAUGGAAGUCUGGAUAAUGACGGUACCAGUGUGGUAACGGUGGGAAAUUCGCCUUGUGAACCUUCAGAUACUUUGGACAAUGAGGAGGGUGCAAAUGAAGAUGUUGCCAAUUCCCCCAAAUAAAGAUUGUGUUUUUUGUUCGUGUACUGAUGUUUUGGAAUAAUUUGUUAAUGGUUUGGAAAGAUUGAAUUAUACUACUCUUUUUAUCUGUUAAGGUGUGUAAUAAAGUGUCUACGAAAUGUAACACGCAACUUUGAAGUUUGAUUGUAUAUUUAUUGGAUAUGAAAUUUUUGUCCUCGUUUUCAUUGAA